AUGGAGCUCUCUGGGGAAGCCUCUGGCACUGGCCUCCUGCCCCCCACCAGGGCCAGCUCUGCCUCCAGCCUGGCUGGAGACCCCAUCUAUGAUGUCCCUGAGGCCAGGGGGGAGCAUGCUGGCCAGCUCCAGGGCCCAGGGCGCACAGUGAGCCUGCGGGAGCGGCUGCUGCUCACCCAGCCUGUGUGGCUACAGCUCAGUGCCAACGCUGCGGCUGCCCUCCACGUGCUACGGAGGGAGCCCCCUGGGACAUUCCUGGUUCGGAAGUCCAACACCAGACAGUGUAAGGCCCUCUGUGUCCGGCUCCCUGAGGCCUCUGGACCAUCCUUUGUCUCCAGCCAUGACAUCCGGGAAACCUCUGAGGCCGUCUCCCUGGAGGGCUCUGAACUCUCGUUCCCAGACCUGAUCCAGCUCAUUUCCACGUACUGUCUCAGUCGGGACAUCCUGCUCCUUCCUCUCCAGCUGCCCAGGGCCAUCCGCAGAGCCACCACCCACAAAGAGCUAGAAGCUAUAUCUCACCUGGGAAUGGAGUUCUGGAGCUCUUCCCUGAACAGCAAGGCCCAGGGAGGCCCCUCUGCAGAGGCUCCACCAAUUCCCCGACUGAAGCCUCGGUCCCCAGAGGAGCUGGACCAGGGGACUGGAGGAGCCCUUUGCUUUUUCAAUCCUUUGUUUCCCGGGGAUCUGGGCCCAGCCAAACGGGAGAAAUUCAAAAGGAGCUUCAAGGUUCGGGUGUCCACUGAGACCUCCAGCCCAUUGUCCCCCCCUGCCGUCCCACCACCCCCUGUGCCACUGCCCCCUGGGGGUCCCCCUGUCCAGAUUCAAACUGGGCUCCCUCGAAGGUCACUGAGGAGGGAGAGCUCGGGGGGCUACAGGGUCCCAGGGAGUGCUGGGCCAAGCGCGCCUCCUCUCCCCUCCCUGCCCUCCCUCCGGGAAGUGGACAGCGGCUCCCCCAGCAGCUCAGAAGAGGAGGGGAGCCUGCCUGGGAGCCUGACUUCAUCCCCUCGCCCGGGGCGGCAACGCCGGUUGCUUCGAUCCAUGAGCGAUGCCUUCUGCUCCCUCCUGGCCCCAGAGAGGCAAGUGGCCCGAGCCGUGGUGGAGCUGGCCCGGGACAGACAGACGGUUACUGGGCAACUAGUACAGGACCUGCUGACCCAGGUUCGAGCUGGACCUGAAGCCCAGGAGCUGCAGAAGGUGCGGGAGGUGCUGAGCCGAGCCCAGACACUGCUGGUGGCUGAGCUGGCCCAAGAAAAGCUAUUAGCUGAGGAGAGACUGGAGCUGGUGAUAGAGAAAGCUCUGCACCGCUCAGUGCUGAAGCCCCUCAGACCUCUCCUCCUGGCCCGCCUGAGGCUCCGCUUGGCCAAAGAUGGCUCCUUGGGCCGGCUGUUGGAGGGCCUCCAGCUGGCCAGGGCACAGGGUCCAGGAGCCUUCGGAAGCUGCCUCAGUCUCCCCUCACUGUCGGAGAUGGAGCGCAUCCGCCAGAAGCUGCUGAAACUCCUUCGCGGCUACUCUCCCACGGCCAAGGUCACCCGCCUCCUUCAGGCCUAUAAGCUGCUGUACCGGGCCCUGUGCAGCUGGGCAGGGGAGAACGCUGGGGCCGAUGAAUUCUUGCCCCUGCUCAGUGCUGUCCUGGCCCAGUGUGACCUCCCGGACCUGCUGCCUGAGACUGAAUACAUAACAGAACUGCUUGAGCCCAGCCUGCUCACAGGGGAGGCGGGCUACUGCCUCACCAGCUUAGCAGCCAGCCUGAGUCUGCUGGGGAGUUUGGGCCAGGCUGGCUCCCAGCCCAUCAGUCCAUCCCAAGAGCUCCAGCGCUCCCUCAGCCUCUGGGAACAACGAAGACUCCCUCCCACCAGGAACUUCAAGCAUCUCCUUCGGGUGGCUUACCAGGACCCCAUCAACGGCUGCACCUCCAAAACCUUGGCCCUGCCCCCGGGCUCCUCGGCCGCCAUGCUGUGCCAGAUCUGUGCCACCAAGUUCCGGGUGUCGAGGCCUGAAGCCUUUGCCCUCUUCCUGCACAAUGAAAAGGGCUCCCGCCGCCUGGCCCCUGAUGCCCUGCCCCAUGACCUCUCCGGGCCUGGCUACCUCAUCUACCGGCAGGUGGAGGGAGCCCCCAAGGCUGAGAAUGCUGGACCCAGCGCUGCAGAGGAGGUUCCUGGGGCAAGGGGGGAAGCAGCAGGGCUGAAGCUGGAGAGCCAGAGCGAAGAGGGAGGUGGAGGAAAGGUUGAGGAGCCGGAGAUGGGUGAGGGUGAGGGGGCAGGGGGAGCUGAGACAGAGGUGGGGAGAGGCCAAGGGGCUCCCAGGGGCCCUGAGGAGUGA